AUGUAUCCAGUUCUCUCUUCCUCUAUUCCCACUCGUUCUCAUACUCUGGACACUGGCUCGGCCCCACUCGGCCAGGCUGGGGUCAGCUUUGCUGCUACUGGUUCCCCCUCUUCCGCUCGCCCGGCUCUCUUCAGUUCAGCCGCCCUCACCUCCAACCACCAUCGCAGUUCGUCUCUCAGUGCGCUUGUGAGGCGGAGUUCGACUCGGAGGAGAUCUGGCCUGGGUCUUCCCGGUCGCCAUGGCAGCAACACCAACACCAACACCAGUAGCACCACUCCUGAGCUAAUCCAAAUCAUCAGUCGCGGUCGAUCGUCGGCUGAAGGUCGAGCCAGCGCUGAGCCGAGUAGCGACAACCACUUCAUCACUGCCCCCACAGCCGCCCUCCGCCAUGUGCUCUCCUCCUCUACCCCAGCCCCUCAGCCUGCGCUCGUCCACCUCAACACACUCCCCAUCAUCCAACCCAGGUCGACCUCGGCCUGGAACUCAUCCUACGACCUCGACCGGCGAUCCUUCAGGGUUAACUUCCACAACCCCCGCCAGCAGGUCACCAGCCUCCUCGCGCUCAGCUCGAUCCCCCGUCCGCUGACCCCGCCCUUCGACGAAGAGCGCGAGAACUCGGCCAGCAUGAUCCUCACCGCCACCCGCACAGCCAUCGAGGAGGAAGCCAUCCAGGCAGCCAUCGCAGCCUCGCUUGAACCCGAGCUCAACGGGCUCCGUCGGCCGGAUGACGAUGAUGAUGAUCAGGAGGAGGAUGGUCAUCAGCACCAGUCGGUCAUGCCACACCACUGGGCAGACCACCGACGAUCCCAUGCCGUCCCACGAAGGAGGGACAGUACGGCCACCGAGCCAGACCAAGACGAACCAUCGGUGCCUAAUCCUCGGACGACGAUCGAGUUGGACUGGUCCUCUCGUCCAUCUCCCUCCGAGCCACAGCACCAGCCCAUCCGCUCGGUCGGAAUGGAGCGCUCGACCAAGAACCCCUUCCGAGUUGCGCCCGGGACCGUUAUACCCUCCUCCGAGAUUCCCACCCGGAACAGCCAUCCGAUCUACCCACGACAACCGCUGGCUAACUACAGCCAAGGGCCAGCUCACCAGAACGCGCUCAUCAGCCGCCAGCAGGAACUCUUGCAGCUCCAGCUCAUCAGACAGCAGCAGCACAUCCAACACCAAGAACACCACCAUCCGAUCAACCCAUUCCUAAUCCAACCAUCCAGUUCGAUCGCCAACCGUGCCCUGGCCAAGAAGAACAGCACCCCACCAGCAAGCUCACCGAUCGAUCGACCCACCACCAUCAUCCAAGCAACUCAACCCACCACCACACACACACACAAGAAUCAAGCACUCCCCAAAAUUAAAACCACAAACCAAUCAUCUUCUACCUCAUCAUCCUCAUCCUCAUCCUCCUCAUCAUCAUCCUCUGGCCCUUACUCUUCCCCCCCAUCCACCUCACCCUCCUCACCGAUCGCUGCAAGCUUCCUAUCCACAUUCGGCUCACCACGACCCAGCGUUUACGAUUCGCCUCUCAGUCUUAGUCCAUCACCCUUUGGAGCGCGCUGUGAGAUCUCAUCAACCAUCAAUCAAUCUUCUUCUCCCCCUUCCAUCCCAAGCUCAGCCAGAUUGACCCCUCCGAAUUUGUCCCCCCUCCUCCGCAGCAACCCGUCAAACUCCCGGCCGCUAUCUGAUUCGUUAAUCUCGCACUUCCCACCAUCAGCAUCAUCCUCAACCUCAACCUCCUCCCAAACAUCAUCUUCAUUCCAACCAGCCACUUCAACACUUACCCAUCCAAAACCACUACGACCCAUGCUUUCUCAAUUCCGCGCCUCAUUUCAACCCAAAGCCAGCUAUCUCUCAGAGCAAGAGAAACUGCAACCUCGAUCAACUCAACUUCUCAUCCCCAACAUCGCCGAACCCAGGGUACUCUCACCCAUCCCUGACCACGAGGAAAAUGUUACAGAACCCGACCCCACCUCUUCUCAGCUCUCUCCCACCUCUCUCUCUCACAACCUAUCGCCUUCCUCCAUGACUCACUCCAGUCUCAGUCCGGUCUCGCCUGGCUUCCAAUCCUUCAUGUCAGAACCGCAACCCACAGGCUCCUCGUCAAACUCAAGUAACUGGCCCUCCAAGCCAGCCAUGCCUGCCGAGAUGUUCGUCAUCGUCCGACCUCCCCCUGGCAAGCAGAAUCAUCCGCUUAACCUACAAAUCCAAUUGAUCCUCCCCAACGCCGUCAAUCCGAGUCGGGAGCCCAGUCUCUCAACCCCGGCUCUCUCCAACUCGAGCCCCCCUCAAACUCAAAUCUUCACUGGAAGACCCAUGUCCUCCGCCCCCGAAGCAAUCAACGGCUCCGACAACCCUCUCCAGCUUAAUCGAACCCAGAGUAUCAGAAGUGUCCACAGUAACAGGAGUAGUAGGAGUAAUCGUACCUGCAGCUCGGGUGGUGAAGGCCGCAACAGACGCGUCACUCCUCUCUACAACCUUCAAUGGCACACUGUCUUGCCUACUUGGAUCUGCGAUGCUGGUACGGAUGCCAAAGUUGCCAAGUUUGCAAAGAAGGGAAUCGAACUCGUCGAGCUUGCCAACAUCGAGCCCAGCGAGAUCCGAAGUGGCCGAUACGGCAGCGAUCUCAAUCUCCUACUCAACGGGGGGCCCAUCAGUCCACCAGCUCAAGUCAACACCUUCCUCUCGUCCGUCGGCACCCCGAAUCCUAGUCUCAAUAAGCAGGAUCGGCCGGGCGCAGCAGCCCUGUUCAACAAGGUCAAAAAAAUGAAUGUGUUCAAUAAGAAGGCCGGGUUUAAAGCGGAUUCUGAAGCAGUUGCCGCUAGCAAGACCGUCGGCAAAAAGUUUGCCGGGAUCUCUGGAUCCGAGCAUUGCAGUCACAGUGAUCUACCUUCCACUAAUGGAGGAUUGUCGUCUGUUGGGCCGACGAUGGAAGCCGGGGGCCGACGUGCCGAGGGAUAUGUGUGGAUCGUCCGGAAGUGGACCAAGCCUGAGAUUGUUGAUUGGCAGAACAGCUCGCCCAAGACCAACCAACUCAACCCGGUCUUCAUCGAGUGGCGCAAGGCCAAGAGACGUCUCCGUGCCCCGACCAAGGCCAAGACUGAUCCCGAACAAGGCUCCGCCGAAGCGACUAGUCAUCCCCCCGUGGCUCCUCCCCCACCCGUCGAGCGUCAACCCACGCCUCCUGCACCCGUCGAGCCCGAAGGGAACCCGCCCACUCCGCCUCCCAUCGCCCCUGACUCGGCCUUGAAGCUCUUCACCAUCCCCGCCGCAACCACGAUGGGGGUGAUGAACUUCUUUGGCAGAUUCACGAAGCCGGUCGAGGCUGUUGAGCCUGAGGGCACCACUUCGACGGAGCAAGAGAUCCCUGGAUCGUCGGUCCCCGAGCCGGCGCAGUCAGUGGACGCCACCCAAGUUCCACCGUCCUCUGAGCACCCGACGGAGGCAGAGUCGACGGAGGCCGCAUCGUCGGCCGAGUCGACGGCCGAGUCGAUGGCUGAUGAGGAGGAGGGAGAAGACAGCGACCCGGAAGACUCGGAGCGGCCCUGGCAUUGCGAGCUCGUCGUCCAAGCUCUCGACGGUCGACAACAGCGCUUCUUCGUCGCCAGUCUCACCCCGCACCCUCACCAUCCCAAACUGGUCGCCCAACUGGCCGUGCCGUGGAACCUCGAACCGAUCACCCUCAGAAGAGCCUCUUCUUCUUCUUCUUCUUCGACUGGUAACGGUCCAACGGACCAAGAGGAUCCCGAGGACGACCUCUUCAUCCUCCAUGUCGAAGAUAUCAAAGACCUCGUCGCCGUCUCUUGUAUGUGGCUCGUCGUCAAGGAAAGACUCGGCGGGGUCGGCAAACGUCGUAAGGGCGAUCGCGCUUGGAGGAUCUGA